ACUGCACUCACUACAGUAUUCUACAGGAAGAUAAUCUUUGCAUAUUAUCGUUGGUGUUCAAUUCAUCGUCGUGUUUAUCUUCACUUCCCGUUUUUUUUGUUGGCUUUGUUCAGAGUACUUCAGACAAAAGUAUCGGUCAGAGAUGGCACAAUGUGUAGCUUGCACUGCUGGAUCUUCUCGCCAGCGACACGAUCAAUCCGACAAUCCAUCUUCGCUGAAACUCGAUGGAUCCGCAUUUCUCCGCGGACUACAGGGUGCCCGUCACGACUUGUGCGAUGUGUCGUUGCGGGGAGCGGAUGAUCCGUCCAAACCAGUACAGGCGAUUGCCUGCCAUCGCAUUGUGCUGAUGGCGCACAGUGGCUGGUUCCAACGCAUGCUGCUCUCCCGAUGAAGGAGUCGAAGCAGGAUAUCAUCCAGCUGCACAACGUUCCCCACGACAUUCUGCAGCAAUUGGUGGACUCCAUGUACUCCUUCGAGAUCACCGUGGACGCUGGCAACGCGCUGCUCCUGCUGCAGGCAGCGGAUAUGUUGGAGAUGGAACAGAUUGUGGAGGCGUGUAAGGCUUUCCUGAAGGCCAGCAUCGACUCCAUCAACUGUCUCACGAUCUACCACGGGGCACAGCAGCUUUCCUUCAAUGAUUUGGCGGAGGAAUGUCUAGCCUUUGCACUGGAGCACUUCAAGUGCGUCAGCUCGUCUGAGGGAUUUCUCUGUCUGGAUGCGAUCGAAGUGAUGCAACUGAUCGGCUCCGACAGGCUGAACGUGGAGAAGGAGGAGCAUGUGGCUGCGGCAGUUGUGCGUUGGCUGGAUUAUGCACCCAAAACCCGACUGCCGCAUGUAGCGGAGAUGGCUCGACAUCCUCGGACCGGAAUGCUGAUGGCCGACUACCUGGCUUCCCUUCCCGACACCUCCACUAGUCGACACUUGCGCCAGGCUAUCCUGCCGGUCCUCGCUGGCGACAGCGCCCCUACACCAGGCAGCUCCUACGACGACACGUCCGGAAAGUGCAAAGCUGGCAUUGCCUGUCUGGAUCCGCUGACGUCCAGGAGCUGGAGUUUCCCCUGCCCCUCUCAGUUUAUUUAUCGCACGAGUGCUGCGACCUAUACCGUAAAGAAUGAUCGUCUGCUCGUUUACCUUAUCGGAUGGACGGGUGACGUUGGCACAUUCAACCAUCAACUGCAGGUGUACGAUGCCGACCUGGAUCAAUGGGCGAAUGUGGCGGCACUUCCAAAGUAUUCGUAUGGCAAGCCGGUCGUCAUCGGUGAUCAGGUGUACGCUCUGAUUGACGGGCUGGUAUACGUGUACAAGGAGGAAAAGCAACGUAUGACCGCCCGAUCACGAAUGCCGCAGUUCUUUCUGGGCAGUGCGGUUGCGGUAUGCGAGGGCCGCUUGUACGUGUUUGGAGGACUUCGCAGCGAGCGGGACCGGUUUAGCAGCGCCAUAACCACGGCUGCUUCUUACUGCUACGAUCCUGCCCGUAACGUCUGGGAGGAGCUGGCGCCCAUGCCGACAGCGCGGGCCGACUGCAGUGCCUGCGUGGGUCCGGAUGGACUCAUCUAUGUUGCUGGCGGUUAUACCGGAGUACCUCACUGGAAUUCAGCGAUCGCCCGUGUGGAGGCAUACGAUGUGCGGAUGAACCAGUGGCUGACGAAGCAUGACAUGCAGUGUGCCAGAAUGGAGCUCGGGCUCGUGCUGCUGAACAACACACUAUACGCGGUGGGUGGCUGUCGCCCGGGGGGAAAGAAAGGGAGCCCGGCCAUGGAGAGUUACGACACGGCCACGGAUCGCUGGACAGGGUGUGGUGCACCGGCGUUUCAUUCAGCCCAGUGGUGCGGCUACGGCUGCAAAGCUGGCUGCAAAGCUGAGCGCCAGUUGGUGCCAUGCGGUCGAUUCCUCGGCGUGAUGCCGCGGCAGAUUAUCGAGAAGAUGUUGCAGCGCUGUGAUGCUGCUGGCGCGGCGAGUGGCUAGCUGGCAUGGUGGUUGGUGACAGUCGAUUCUUUCUUCCGUGACUCCAAAAAUUAAUGGUUGCAUUUCACAGCGGAUAUUGUCUUACCUGUCGCUAUGUUAUACUUAAUUAGCUGCUUUCCCCCGGUAUAACAUUUUUUAUUUGUACUACCAAAGUUUAUUGAAAGCUGUUUAUACUGUUUGUGAUUUUUA